AGUAACAGUUUUUAACCCCGGCUGAGACUGGGCUGCUGUACUUCCUACUUCCGCUCUAACAAAACUGCUCGGCAACUCCAUUUAUUUUGUUAUCUCUGUGUGUAAUGGCUGUUCAACUGAAAGACAAAGACGCGUACCAGAGACUGAACUAUCUUUACCAGGCUGCUCACUGUGUUUUAGCACAAAACCCUGAGAAUGUGGAGCUGGCUCGUUUCUACUGCUUCACACAGAAGACCAUCGCAAGACGUUUAGUGCUCCGACAAGACCCGUCAGUGAAGAGAACAUUAUGCAAGAAAUGCUGCUCACUGCUCAUCCCUGGUAUAACGGCCACAACAAGACAACGACGCAAAAAAAGAAAGACCCGCUUCACUGUUGUGCGGUGCCUCAGCUGCGGCCAGAGCAAGACGUUACUGAAUGAUCCAGAUUAUUGUUUAUGGGCAGAGCGUCCGGAGGCUCAGCUGGAGAACCAAAAGCAGCCAGAUCCAGGCCCGUCUGGUAAAAAACAGCCUAAAGGCAAAAAGCCUGAUGUGUCAGUGUCCUCCACACUCAGUGCUGCCCAGAGCACCGCCAGCACGUAGCAGCAGUUCCCCUCUUCUGACUGUCAAAUAUGAAGGACUGAUAUUUAUUUUCUGUUGCUGUUCUUGUAGAUAUGGGUAGCGUUCUCAUGUUGAAUAUAUCCAUAGUUUUUUUUUUUGUCAUUUUAUUGAUUAAGUUACUUUUUGGCCUCUGUGAGAUCAUUUUCAGUGGUUUUCUGCAGUGUGUACAAGUGAUUUUUUUAUGCUACCAACAGAUGGCAACCAUGUGUCUUAAACAUGGUGAAUUUUUUUUCCAAAAGUAAUACUUCAUUGAUGGCAAUAAUUUAAAACCAAUGACAAGAAUGGAAGAAUUGAA